GGUGGGGGGCGGUGUGGACGGGGGACAACGCUGCCAAGUGGGAUCACCUCGCGGCGUCGGCGCCGAUGCUGCUGUCGAUGAGCCUGGCGGGGUUGCCGUUCGUGGGUGCGGACGUCGGCGGGUUCUUCGGGGACCCUUCCGCGGAACUGUUCCUGCGCUGGAUGCAGGCCGCGGCGUACCAGCCGUUCUUCCGCUCCCACGCUCACCACGACUCCAAGAGGCGGGAGCCCUGGGUGUACGGGGAUCCAUGGACGGCGCGCGUCCGUUCCGUGGUGAUGGCGCGGUACGCGUUGCUGCCGUACUGGUACACCCUGUUCCAGGAGGCUAGCGACACCGGCAUGCCGAUGAUGCGGCCCAUGUGGGUCCAGUACCCCGGCGACGCCAACACGUUUGACAUGGACAACCAGUGGAUGGCGGGUGCGGACCUCCUGGUGAAGCCGGUGGUCACCGAGGGCGCGACGGUGGCCGACGUAUACUUCCCCGGCGUAGCCGAAGGGUGUUCGGGGACAACAACCACAAGCACCGCCAGCCUCUGGUACGACGUGGAAACCCUUCAAGUCGUGGAGGUCACGGGGCCCGGGGAGUUCCGGUCCAUCGACGCGCCCGUCGACAAGAUUCCGGUCUUCCAGAGGGGAGGGAGCAUCGUUCCCCGCAAGCAACGCCUGCGUCGGAGCUCUCUCAUGAUGGCCGGCGACCCGUAUACCCUGGUGGUGGCCCUAGACGAUGGGGGCCGCGCGGAUGGGAAUCUGUACCUCGACGACGAGGAGUCUUACGACUACCGCGACACGGAGGGGGGCGGCGGGAGGACGACGCGGCGUUUUUCGUUCGAGGGAGGCGUUCUCACGGGGAGGGCCGUCGAGGGGAGCGGCACCUACAGCCCGGCCAACACGAUCGAGCGCGUGGUGAUCGUGGGCGUGAACGCCGCGCCUUCUUCGGUUACGCUUCACAUGCCCGCCGCAGCGGGAACAGCGUCGUCACUCGAUUUCACGUACGACGCCCUCACCCGCGUGGUUACCGUGCGCAAGCCGGAUGUGUGUGUGGCGGACGACUUCGACCUCACGCUGAGCUUCGCGGCCGGGUCGACCAGCUAAUAGCCGUCACUUUUCUCUGCCAUGCUGCUGCUGCUGCUGCUGCUGCUGCUGGUGUGACAUCUCUUGGCCGCUGACAUUCUUCAAACUUGAUAGGGAUUACAGGGUGGCCAAUGUCGGCCGUAAAAAUCUGCUGCUGCUUGUCAGGUAUAUAUCGUGGUUGAUCGACGGCUUGGCAGUGUUUCCUGCCUCGUUUCUUUUGUUUCCUGCCUCGUUUUUUUUGUCUUCGUUUCUUCUAUUGUUUGUCCGUAUGUUUGGGGUGUGCUGUGUGGCGCGUCCUUGCUAGCGCGCACGGUGAUGUAGAGCGACGGCAACCGUUGUCCUUACGGGCGUGUACUCUCCGGGCAUGUAUCCGAGGGGCGAGGUUGUCGUAUUUCUUGACAAUCGGCGUUGGCCAAUUGUUGUGUCACCCCGCGUGUGGGUCUGUUGUUGCGCGCACCUUGCUUUUGGUGCGCUUCUGUAGGGAGUAGCCCCGACCUUUGCCGAAGGGCGUUGGGCAAGAGGUUGUGUUGGGUAUUUGGAGGUUGGGACGGCGUUUGUAGCCAAACACAAACAGACAGCAUGACGACGUGGAAAAAAAAAAAAAAACGGGCGGCAAGACAUUGAAAGCUCGGCGAGAUUGAUUGUGUGAGCGUGCAUGUUUUAUGUGCCUUUCAGUCUUGCUGUACUUUUUGCGGCUCUCUUGUGGGCAGUAGUUGAGUGCAUGGAAUAUGCCUGGGUACCGGGGGUAAACCUUUAGGAGAACCAACCCGGGAGUGGGCGAGAUGAAGGUGAAGAGAUAACCAUCUCGUGGAAGGUGUGUGACGCAGGUUUCAAGCUUGCCAACAAUACGGAAACCAGCAUUCCGUUUAGCACUUUGAGUUGAAUUAUCUAAAGAAAGGAAGUUCCUGAAACAUUAUGUGCACUCCUCCGUUUCUUUUCAGGCUAUUGCCCUCUUGUCGUUGUGGUUGCCUCAUGUCGUGUUGGCUGUGCGUGGAGAGCCUCGACACCCGCGCGCAGCCAGCCGCGGAGAAAGGUAACAUCGAAAAGCUCUCAUCGAGAAAAACCGCGUUUUUUUUCCCGGGACGGAAAUGAGGACCUUACGGAACGCUCCGUGUGGAUGGAUGGAUGGAUGGCAUUGUCUACAACAAUUUCUUUGUGU